AUGCCGCAUCGCACCAUUCAUCUUUUCCGGAAGGGACUUCGGCUUCAUGACAACCCAAUGCUGCUGGCCGUGCUGGAGUCCUCGGAGGUCAUCUACCCUGUCUACAUCCUGGACAGAAAGUUCAUGGUGUCCAUGAUGCACAUAGGGGCCCUGCGGUGGCAUUUUCUGCUGCAGUCCCUGGAGGAUCUCCAGAAAAACUUGUGUCGGCUGGGCUCUUGCUUGCUGGUUAUUCAAGGAGAGUACGAGUCUGUUCUUAGAGAUUGCAUCCAGAAGUGGAACAUCACGCAAGUGUCUCUGGAUGCAGAGAUGGAAUCGUUUUACAAGGAGAUGGAGGCUAACAUACGGCGUCUGGGAGAUGAGCUGGGGGUUGAGGUCCUUACUCUCGUGGGCCACAGUCUGUAUGAUACCAAAAGAAUUUUGGACCUGAAUGGUGGGACUCCCCCAUUAACAUACAAGAGGUUCCUUCACAUUCUGUCUCUGCUUGGUGACCCUGAGGUGCCUGUCCGAAACCUUACAGCUGAGGACUUCCAGAGAUGUAGGCCUCCUGACCCCGGCCUGGCUGAGUUCUACAGGGUGCCUCUCCCCGCAGAUUUAAAGAUCCCCCUGAAGAGCCUUUCCCCCUGGAGAGGAGGGGAGACUGAAGGGCUACAGCGCCUGGAGCAACACUUGACUGACCAGGGCUGGGUGAAAAGUUUUACUAAACCAAGAACAAUCCCAAAUUCACUCCUUCCAAGCACCACAGGCCUGAGCCCGUAUUUCAGUAUGGGCUGUUUGUCAGUUCGCACCUUUUUUUAUAGGUUGUCAAACAUUUAUGCUCAGGCCAAGCAUCACUCUCUGCCCCCAGCAUCGCUCCAAGGGCAGCUUCUGUGGAGGGAAUUUUUCUAUACGGUGGCAUCAGCAACACCAAACUUCACCAAGAUGGCUGGGAACCCCAUCUGCCUUCAGAUCAGUUGGUGUGAGGAUGCAGAGAGGCUCCACAAAUGGAAAAUGGCACAGACAGGUUUCCCGUGGAUCGAUGCAAUUAUGACCCAGCUGCGCCAGGAAGGCUGGAUACACCACCUUGCUCGGCACGCAGUCGCCUGCUUCCUGACGCGGGGGGACCUUUGGAUCAGCUGGGAAGAGGGCAUGAAGGUGUUUGAAGAGCUGCUUUUAGAUGCUGACUACAGCAUCAAUGCAGGGAACUGGUUGUGGCUGUCGGCCAGUGCGUUCUUCCACCAGUACACGCGGAUCUUCUGCCCCGUCCUCUUCGGGAAGCGCACAGACCCCCAGGGGCAGUACAUACGGAAAUACUUGCCUAUACUAAAGGACUUUCCCUCCAAGUACAUCUAUGAACCCUGGACGGCACCUGAAGAGGAGCAGAAGGAAGCAGGGUGUAUCAUAGGUCAUGAUUACCCCUUCCCAAUGGUGAACCACAAGGAAGCCAGCGAUCACAACCUGCAGCUGAUGAAACAGGUCAGAGAGGAGCAGUACAGAACAGCCCAGCUCACGAGAGAUGAUACAGAUGACCCAAUGGAAAUGAAGGUAAAGCGUGACCACUCUGAAGAAAACAUUUCAAAAGGAAAGGUGGCCAAAAUGACAGAACGAAAUGAGAUCCUGUCAGGGAUUACCUGUUGGGAACCAAAAAAUGGCAGAAGGGGAGAGCCAGAGGCCAGAUGA